AUGUCUGUUGAUGCGAAAAAGUCUAGAAAAAAGAAAUUAAAUCCUGAAAAUGAAUUAGUAAGCAAAUUUUUUAAUAAAAAACAAGAUUGCGGUGAGCCGGCAACAAAGAAGAACAAAGUUACAAACGAUGUCAAUAAUGAUGAUAGCUUAAGAUUCUUCAAGACAGCUCCCAAUUUAAGGAAAAUAGCUGAAAGCUCUGUAAAAGAUUCAGCUUGUCCAUCAAAUUCAAAAGAUAAUGUCGUUUCUGAUUUCAUCAAUAAGCCAUCAACAUCCAAACAAGCUAAAAAGGCAGCUAUAACAAAGCCAAAACGAGUUACUAAGCCUAAAAAGCCAAAAUCACAAACAGACAUAAGAAAGGCACUUAAUAAAAAAGAUGAAAUGAUUUAUCAUGCAAUAAAUGAAAGCUGUACAGCAGAUGGAGUUGAUCCAUUUGAGAUGCAAUUGGCAUUAGCUAUUUCUGAGUCUCUGAAGGAUGUCAAUAAGGAACAACAACAUAAAGACACUAAAAGCUUUGAUAAUCCGUUUAAUUCAAGUGGUAAAAUUCAGCCAAUAAACUCAGUUCUCGAGCAUUAUGGAUUUAAAAGUAAAAAAGUCUAUUCAGAAUAUGAAAUGGAAAUGCUACUGAAUAAUAAAUCCAAGAAAAGGACAAAGCAUCAAAAAUUUCCAACACUUUUAACUAACACGACUGAUGAUAAAAGGAAUGAAAUGAUUACAACAAGAAUUCAUGACAUUUUAGAUUCGUACCUUUUUGCAAACACUCAGCAAUCGGAAAAGGAAGAAAUAACUAAAAUUGAAAAGAAUAAUCCAGUAGUUUAUUGCAAUGAUUUUAUGAACGUACACGAAUUAGUUAAUACAGCAUUUAGAAGAAGCUCAGAAUGUAUGGUGCAUGCUGAUUAUUUUGUAACUGAAUUAUUUGAAAUAGCACACAACAAGCCUGGAUAUUUAUUAAAAGAUUGGAGCGAAAUUGCAGGACGAGAUGCGUCACCCGUAAAAGAAUUGAAAAGAUCAUGUGUUGAGGUUACUGGUAACCAAAAUUUUGAGCCUUCAUAUUCUGAAAUUAAGAAGAAUCCAAUACAAGUUGUGUUAAGUCCAAAUUCCAGUUGUAGUGAUAUUUUUGAAGGGAUUGAGAGCUUUACGAUGGAUCAAUUGGGCGAAACACAAAGUGAGGAGUCAUUAAAGGCUGUAAAUGAACAUCUAGAAUUAUUGCAUGAAAAGCUAUCACAAUCCAUAGUAAUGCAUCAAGAUAACGAUAAUUUAAGUGAUAAGAACAAAAUGAAAAGCGUAGAUUUAACACAGGAUGAGUCAACAAACAGCGAAUCAACACAAGAAUAUAUUUAUGAUCCACAAGACUCGGAAGAACAAGAAGAAGUGGAUCAAAUAUCAAGCAAGAAUCAAGUGUCGCAAAUAUGUAAUAAUGAUGAUAAUGAAAUUUUUGAUCUGACUCAAUGUGACAGCCUCAAAAAAGAAGACAUAAUUAAUCGUGAAAAUGAGCAGUCACAAGAAAUAAACAGCGACGCAAUACUUGAUGAAGAACAGGAAUUUUUUGACCUUACACAAUGUGAAAGUUAUAAAGCACCAAAUAUGGUUCGUAAUACGUAUAUCUCUCAGAGAACUGCACACGAUGAGGAUGAGAUAUUUGACUUUACACAACGUGAUAGUCCAAAAAGUUUAAGUAAAAGUUCGACAGUCAAUUCAUUCGAUGAAAAUGAAGUAAUUAAUAUUUCGGAUGAUGAGAUUAAUUAUUCAAUUAAUAGAUGUCAAGAAAGCAGCAGCAAUAGCAAUGAAUAUCCAUCAAAUAGUAAUCAAACACAAAAAGAGGAUGAUGAAGUCAUUGAUAUAGAUAAUCUUGCAGAACACUCAUUGAUUGACAUGAUAGCAAAGGAUGAAAAAGAUGUUCAAAUUGAAAACAGUGUAUCGGAAUUGCUGAAUAAUUUCUCUGAAAUUAAUAAGAGCUUUAAUUAUUCGAGAAAAAAUCGAUCGAUAAAAUUUAUGGAGACUGAAAAUCUUGGCGAUAGCAUAACUGACAUCAUGAGAAAGUAUGGAGUGAUUCCAGUAAAUUCGCCAAAGCAUAAAAACUUCUCGAAAAUACAUUCGGAAUCAGAUUUGGAGAGAUUUUCAUCACAGAAAUCAAUUGAACAGGAUAAUGAUGUUGAUUUGACAGUAAUUAAUGACUUUUCGUCCCAAAAUGACUCUCAAGAGGAAGAAGAUUCGGAAAAAAUAGACAUGUCAAUAAACAAGUCGCUUGCCAAUAUCCUUAAAUCGCCGAUUACCAAACAGUCUGUAAGAUUGUCGAAAGAGAAGCCAAGAAAAAGUCUCGGUAUUAUUAUGAAUGACAAAUAUGUUGUUGAUACUGAAACUCUAUUUGUUGAGCCUGACUUUGAAAAUAUGACACCGCACGAAUUAAAACUGCAACUCUUUAAAUAUGGCAUUCGUCCACUUCCAGUUAAGAAAGCCGUUCAAAUACUGACUCAUAUCUAUUAUCAAAUGCAUCCAUUAAUCCGCGUAGCUAUAGACGAAGAGAUUGACAUGAAUGAUUCUCGAAAAGACAUGAAUAUAACAGAUGUAGCUACGGAUAUUGGCAUGAAAGGCGAUGACGAUGAAUAUGUUUUUCAAUUAGAUCAAUCUGGAAUUUUUAAGGACGAGGAAUAUAUCUUGCCAAAUGUCAGAAAGUCUAAGGUUCCAUCAUGCUUGAUUCCACUCCAUAUAUCAUUUUAUAACAUGGUUCGCUCUAAUGACAAAUUGCAAAAAUACAUUCUUGAAUAUCGUCCAGUUGAAUUAGAUCAAAUUUAUAAGCAUUUUCGUAAAUUUGGUUUAACUUAUCAAACGAAUGAUAUUAUUGCAUUUUUGGAUAAACGCUGUAUAACAUUUAAAACGAAAGAGCAGUCGUGCAGCAAGAAGCACGAACGCAAGAAACAAAAGCGCACACAAAAAUCAUAA